AUGCCUCCAAGAAAGCUUCCAAAAGGGUACGUUGAGGUUGAGGAGAGUCCAUUCCAACCAAUAGUCCCAAACAACCCAUAUUUGCCUCCCAUACCAAUCAAAGCCUCAUUUGGCUAUGGGUCGCAAUUCGGGACGACCAUGCCUAGGCGCUUGCCUGCACCACCACCUCAAAAGAUCACCAACCUCAGACAAAUUGCUGAAUCCGUUAACCAUGCCGUGGAAAACAGUCAACUGAGAGCUGCUACUGAAAUCAACGCACAAAAGAACUCCAAAAAUAUGUCACAAGAAAAAGCAAAGCCUACACCAAGAAAGCGACAACCUGCUGAACCUGUUCAGCGAAGGGCAAGGCGAGAGCCGACCCCCGAUGAAACUCAGCUACACCGGGCGUUGCGCGAGGCAACUAUGUCGCCCAGAAAAGAUGAAAGCAACCAAUCUGAUUCAACGCCUUCACCUCCGAUUCAAAGGACUGUUUCCACAGACUCAAGUCCUGGUGCUGAGCCACCUCUCCCGCGACGGCUAUCAGUCAUGUCGAAUUCGUCGAUUAAUUCUCCACUUUAUCCAUCACCUCUUCAACGCGGUGGACACGAUACUUAUGAAACAAACAGCUCAGGCCAAUGGAGCCGUCAAAGCUCUGUGGAUAAUGCGUCUGUGGUUUCUUGGAACCUAGAGCGUGAUAUUCACGAGGAUGAUCUGAAAAGGACGAGACCAAGCACCCACGGACGCAAUAUCACUGCCCCUCCUCGGCGUCCUUCGGGCCUGUCUAGUAUUCUUCCUAGUACGAUCGACGAGGAGGAAGAGGAAGAAGAAGAGGAAGGAGAAGAGGAAGAGGGUGACGAUGAGCUAAUUUCAGAACAUCCAAAUGAGCCAGAGUCCGCGAUUGAAGCCGAGCCGAUGGAUGAAGCUACUUCCCCUGCAGGGGGUUGGACUGCGUCAGUGCGAACAAUCAUUCCUCAAUUCUUUCGUUCUGAGCCAAGUGUCGAACCCCCCGAGUCAGCACCCCCUGAAGACCUAGCUCGUGAAUGGCACUUACCAGCUCGACCUGCCAUCCGGGAUGAGGACGCCAAUCCCAAGGAAUCUAAACGAAUCCACUGGGGCCAUUUAGCAAUUAUGCUACUAUUACCCUUGGCUCUGGCCAUUUCUUUCCAAAUUGGGCUUUGGGAGAAGCUUGAAUUACCGCAUUUCCCAUCCCCCGUUCAAUACUCUCCUAAUGCGACCGAUUCAGCCGCUGUGCACGGUCUUAAAAAACAGGUUUCGAAAAUGAACGAGCAGAUGUCGUCCCUAUCGCGCGAGCUGGUAGCUGUUCGAUCAGAGCAGGCUCACGACUCAAGCCCUACCUAUGCCGUAGGUGUACCGGCCGGAUAUGAAAGCCCGAUCCAUAAAAUCAAUUUCUUAUCUCUGGCGCUGGGAGCUAUCGUUGAUCCGCAUCAAACCACACCUACCGCGGGCCGAUCAUACCCAUUCUACCAGCGCGCGGUUCUCACCAUGCUUGGGCUUCGCUCGACUAUCACUGCUUCGAUGCCUCCUGUGGCCGCUCUGAUUCCCUGGGAGGAAGUAGGAGACUGCUGGUGUAGUGCUCCACGCAAUGGGGUGUCUCAGAUUUCAGUGCUUCUGGGUCGUGACAUCGUGCCAGAGGAAGUGGUCGUGGAGCAUGUGCCUUCCGGUUCCACUCUAGACCCAGGAGCCGCGCCCCGAGAAAUUGAAGUCUGGGCUCGAUACCGUAUUAUCCCUCUACCCUCCCAGGGUUCUUCGUCCAUCUUUUCUUGGUGGAAAUCAGUCCCUCGCCGGCCAAUUGAGCCCUUGUCGUCGAAAAAGGAAGGACUUGGAGGGUACAGCAUCCCUGGCGAGAAUUCUCUUCACGAUGUACUCAUGAGCUCGUUGAGUGCGACCAAUAUGUAUGAUCCCGAGAGCGCCUACUCAGACGAUCCCCUGCUUGGCCCGAAUUUUUACCGCAUCGGGAAAAUGGUAUAUGACAUCAACAAGCACAAUUAUAUCCAGCGAUUCCAUCUGAACACCAUCAUCGAUAUUCCGACUAUCCGAGUGGACAAGGUGGCAUUCCGGAUCAAAUCCAACUGGGGCUCGAACCACACGUGCAUUUACCGGUUCAAGCUACAUGGCCACAUUUGA